CUUGACUCGACUCGACUCGACUUAACACAACUUAAGGCUAACCUGGGUGAUCUGGCUUGCAGACUUGCAGAUGACUCUUCAUUCACCCUCGCUAAUGAAUGCUUAGACCGCACUUUGUUUUCCUCUAGAAUAUUGUAUACCUAUCGUGCGUUUCCCUCUCUUUCUCCUCAGUUCCACUCUGUAUUGCAUCGCACCUUUGCUGGUUUUGGUCGUCUGCAUUCUGCCCAUGGCCGUCAAAUUAGACAGUGUAGGCACGCGAGCUGCGCCUAGGGCCGACGAGGCCGAGGUAUCAAGCUGCGUGGCCGGUAUCAUAGAAGCCUUCACAAAUGGAUUCAACAUCUUCAAGCGGCUGCGCGAAAGAAGAAAAAAGCGCAAGUCCUCGCGCAAGGACAGCGACACGUCCGACGCGACCAGCUCGGCUGAGCACCAGCUCUCCAAGAGCUUACGCAGAGGGCCCAUUGAGGUGGCGGAGAAGUAUGUUGAAUGCUACCAAAGCAGUAUCGGCGCGCGUUUCGCAAAGGGCGAUGCCAUUGCACACGCAGCCCUUGCAGAGACGCUGAUCAAACUAAAUACUGGCCUCGUGGCCAUCAUUGCAUCCUUUCUCGACCAUGAGCACAAAAACGGAAAGAGCCACCUAGACCUAGACUACAAGUCGCUGACCCACCUUUCCGACGCCUCCCGCCGUGAGGCUCUGCUCAGCCUAACCCAACUCUACCUGCGACUAAGUCAGGCCCACGCCCAGCUCCACAGGAUUGCUGCUGCCGUCUGUCUCCGUUGUGGAACUACUAAACAUCAUGACUGCUCCUCACGCAGCGCCAGCCCCGAGAAGGAGAGGAAGAAGCGGUCAAGCUCCUCGGCUACCCGCACACGCUCCCUCGGCCCAGUAGUUACCCGCAUGCCCAUCAGACAAGGACGCACCAGUCAUCCUCACCUUGCCGUCGUGAGGCCAAAGGCAAGUCGCAAGGCUACUUCAUCAAGCAACAGCUCUAGUGCGGUCAAGUCAACUUCCAGCUCAUCCCGCACUACUUCACCCAUGUCCUCUCCCCAGCCAAAGAAACUUCAAAUGGCUUCUCCUGAGCUAAAGAAGGCCCACACAGCACCCCAACUGCCUCUGUAUGUGCCUGUCGAUCCUCUUGAGCUUCAGACCACUGGUGUCUUCAAGGGCACGCUAGGCAGUGCACCAACAAAGACGAGUCGUGUCAAACAACGCGUUGAUUCCUUCCAAGAUCCACGUGAGCCAUGGCCUCAAGAACAUCUUCCCCACACCGUCGCCAAAUCCCCUUCGCCAAAGCCAGUCCCUGUAUCAAAGCCUGUCGUAGCACCAAAGCCCGUCGCAGCGCCAAAGCGUGCUCCAACGCCGAAACACGUUCACGAACCUACCCCCAAGCUCCCAACAUUUUCCCCUGCGCCCCGCCGAUCUGCCACCCCCACUCCCACCCCCGCUCCCUCUGCGCCAUCCAAACCUCCUGUUCCGUCCAAACCAGAGUACCUAUCUCCACCACCACUACUUGACCACGCCCCGGCAACCAUCCACUUCAGACGCCGCAUGGAAAAAAACACACCCUCCUGCUACACCUUUGCUUCCGACAGCACAAAGAUGGGAGAGAUUCCCCAACGAAAAUGGUCUAGCCCCUUUGAUUUUGAAAAGGCAGAACGCCUCAAUGCCGAAGCUGCCCUCACUGGUUACCCCAAUCCACUACUCAGUGCUGACAAAACCGAGAAGAGGAAGAAACGCUUCGGCUUCAUGCGUCGUGGCGACGCCUAAACAAAACAACCUUUUGAGAGCUUGUUGAUCGAGCUGCCUCUGAUUGGUUGCUUGUAUAACAACGAUUUUUCUUCUUGUUACAUUAUUCGUUUUCCUUUUUCCUUUUUCCUUUUUCCUACUUUAGUCUUCAUUUUUCAUCGGCGUUUGGUUGGCUUUUGGAUCUCUUCUCUCAAUCUCCUUGGGCAUCUUGCCUCGCAUCUCUUCAUUGCUGCUUUUUCUCUCUCCUCUCCCUCUACCAUCUGGCCGUUGGAGGCCCGGUAAUGACGCCUUUACGAUUCUCACGAUAGCGAACUUGACGAAGGUUAUGUCCUUUUCCUUUUGUUUGUUGUCGAUUUUCCAUAUACCCAUUUGUAUACCCAUGAUCCUUUUUUUGGAUUUCUCUCGCGAGUUACUUACAUAAUAAUGGCUUUUCGGUAUAUCGGGUAUUAGGAAACUUAAUUAGAAUUUAACCUUUUUGGCGAUGGUCG